AACUCUAUUAGACAUAACCUGUCCCUGCACAGCAAGUUUAUUAAAGUCCAUAAUGAAGCCACAGGGAAGAGCUCCUGGUGGAUGCUUAAUCCCGAGGGUGGUAAAAGUGGAAAAGCACCAAGGAGAAGAGCUGCCUCCAUGGACAACAGCAGCAAACUUGCAAAAGUCAGAGGUAAAGCAUCUAGAAAGAAGCCUCCUCUCCAGUCUGCUCCAGAAUCCACUGCUGACAGUCCUGGCUCCCAAUUCCCUAAGUGGCCUGGGAGCCCAUCCUCAAGAAGCAAUGAGGACUCUGACAUGUGGAACACGUUCCGGCCUCGAACCAGUUCCAAUGCAAGCACCAUUAGUGCCAGGCUUUCUCCUAUCCUGACAGAGCAGGAUGACCUCCAUGAUGAAGAGCUACUUCCUUCUCUAGUGUACUCUAGUGCAUCCAGCAAUGUUCCACCAACUGUGACUGAGGAGCUUGAGCUCAUUGAUGGGUUAAAUUUGAUGUCUCCCAGCUCAUCUGUGUUAUCUACCCAGCAAUCUGCCUCAAGUGGUCAGAUCCAGAGGGAUUCCAGCUUUCCCUUACGGAAUGCAGCUGCUCAGACCACUACUUUUGGCAAUUCCCUGUUUAACCCCGUUGAUAUCUCACUACAAAGUUCUGUCAGCCAUUUCUCUGCCCCUCAGACCCUGGAAGCUCUUCUGACACCCAGCUCUCCACCUCCAAGGGAUGUUAUGAUGACUCAGGUGGAUCCAGUUCUCCCGCAGACUGGUAACAGGAUGAGCAGCCGAACUCUUCUGCUUCUAGGUGGACAGGCUGCCCAGAGUAAGAUGAGCUCAGGCAAUCCACGAGGAAAACCUACAGAGCAGCAGGCAGAACCAGCCAGUGCGAGUGUUUUGCCAUCAACACUUCCUAUACUGGGCAGUCCACUGCUUCUUUCUUCUGCUAGCCCUGCUCCCUUGGGAUUGAACCAGGACAGGCUGCCCAUUGACCUGGACAUUGACAUGUACAUGGAAAACCUUGAAUGUGAUAUGGAUUACAUCAUCAACAGUGAACUCAUGGAUGGAGAAGGAUUGGACUUUAAUUUUGAACCCAUUCUGCCUACUCCCAGCUAUCCCAGCACCUCGCAGGCCUCCAACCAUACUUGGGUACCAAGUUAA